AUGACGCUGACUCGUCUCAAGAACCCGGGGGGUAUCGUCGACCUGAAGGAAGUGGUGGGGGAGGGCGCCUACGGCAAAGUCCACCGUGGUGUCCUCAAAAAUCUGAAGCAGAUUGUUGCUGUCAAGAUUAUUCCCAUUGUGCCCGAGGAGAAGGAGGAGAUUGCGCUUGAGCUGCAGGUUUUGGCCAAGUUCUCCAGUCACCACAAUAUUGCUCGCUUCUACGGCGGCUACUUCCAGCCCGUUCCCCGAGAGGACAAGGAUGGCAUCCUACGUAAGCAGUUAUGGCUUGUAAUGCAGUACUGCGCCAACGGCACCGCCACUCGCUUAGUCAAGGCGCUCCGCAAACCCAAGCCCAAGCACGUCAUCGCCUACAUCAUGAAGGAGGCGCUCAACGGCCUGGCCUACCUCCACGACAACAAGAUUAUUCAUCGCGAUAUCAAAGGAGGCAACAUCCUCUUGACCAGGGGCUUCCGGGUCAAGUUGGUCGACUUUGGCGUCUGCGCUCAGCUACAGCACGAGUCCUCCAAACGAGACACCGUCAUUGGCACCCCCUAUUGGAUGGCACCCGAAGUCAUCAUGUGUGACCUCUCGCCGCCGGGCACGGUGCACUACGACGCCCGGGCCGAUAUCUGGUCACUCGCCAUCACCGCCAUCGAGCUGGCAGAUGGUGAGCCACCCCUGAGCAAAAUGCCGGCCAUGAAAGCGCUGCACAAAAUCCCAUCCAACAAGCCACCGACCCUCUCUUCCAACCACAAGUGGACCAAGUACUUUUACGAGUUUCUGGUUGUUGCUCUCAAAAAGAACCCGACGAAGCGACCCAAUGCCGAGCAGCUCAAAAGUCAUCCUUGGCUUGCCAAGGUGGAGGAGGAGAAGAGUCUUGAAACCCUGCGCCACCUGGCCGAAGAGUAUUUGCCAAAGCCCAAGGAGUUUAAGCACCGUGAAUGGUUUGCCGAGGAUGAUGUUCGGCAAAACGGCGAAGAUGACAUGCGUGCAACAGACAACUUGGCCAAAAUGCGCAACUUUUCCGAAGCCGCCAUCGUCACCACAUUGCAGCAGCGCUAUGCCAAAGACAUCAUCUACACGGAUAUCGGUGACAUUCUGGUGGCCUGCAACCCUUUCAAGUCGAUUGACAUUUACAACCGCAACUUUCAGGAGGUCUUCUCGGCGUCAAACCAACAACGCAACCCCUUCCCGCACGUUUACAACAUGGCUCAAGCCACCAUGCGCAGCCUCGUCCACUCGGGCCAGAACCAGUGCUGCAUCAUUUCGGGCGAGUCUGGCGCGGGAAAAACAGAAACUGCCAAAUACUUUGUGCGGCAGCUCUUGUAUACGGCUGCCCACCAUGCCUCGGGGGCCUUUGAUGCCACGCAGUGGUCCUCGCUUGAGCAGCGCAUCCUGGCGAGCAACCCCAUUCUCGAAGCCUUUGGAAACGCCAAGACCAUCAUGAACAACAACUCGAGCCGCUUUGGCAAGUUUCUUCUCAUCAAAUUCGACACGCGCCACCGCCUGCAGGGCGUGUCCAUCGCACAAUAUCUCUUGGAAAAGUCUCGCGUUGUACAGCAAGGCCCCUCAGAGCGCAACUUCCACGUAUUCUACUACCUCGUCUCCGGCAACGACAUCACAGCUGAACGCAACGCACUUCUGCUCAACACCUCGCUCGAUUUUGUCUACCUUGGCGGCACCUCCACUGAAAACCUGGCAGCGCUCGAAGACAUGGGCCAGGACGAGGCCGUCAAGGGCUACGCCACCCUCAUGAGUGAAAUGCUGGCCCUCGGCUUCUCCGGUGCCGAGCUCGUGGAAGUGAAGCUCAUCCUGGCACUGAUCCUGCACCUUGGCAACGUUUCCUUCGGCGUUGUGGACGGUGCAGAAUCGGCCGAAGUCUUUGGGCUCGCCGCGCUCAAGCAUUGCUCCUCCCUCCUAGGCGUUGAGCUGGACGUGCUCUCCCGUGCCCUCACCAAACGCGUCACUGUUUUACGCGGCGAGGAAAUGGUCAAGCCGCUCAAGCCUUUCCAGGCGGAGGACAACCGCGACGCCGCCGCCAAGGCCAUUUAUGGUCGUUUGUUUGCCUGGAUCGUCACCCGCAUCAACAACACGCUGCUUCCAGACCUCGAGGAAGAAAUGCGAGAGGUGGGCGUCCUGGACAUUUUCGGCUUUGAAAAUUUUCGGCUCAACAGCUUUGAGCAAUUGUGCAUCAACGUCGCCAACGAACAGCUGCAGUACUACUUUAAUCAGAACGUUUUUGCUUGGGAGCUCGAAGAGCUCAAGAGCGAAGGUGUCAACGUUGCCAACAUCACCUUUGAGAACAACAAGCCCCUGCUGGACAUGUUUCUUCAGCGUCCGCACGGUCUCUUUGCGAUAUUGGAUGAAGAGUCCUACUUCCCGCAAGCCACUGAUGAAUCCCUGGCCAACAAGCUCCAUACCAACUUUGCCAACGCCAACAAGUACUACGGCGCGCCAAAGUCCAGUCACACCCUGGAGUUUAGCAUCAACCACUUUGCCAGCCAGGUGCACUACAACCUGCCAGGCUUUUUAGAAAAGAAUCGUGACCGCCUGUCUGAGGGAGUCGAACGUAUGCUCCUGGAAUGCGGCAUUCCGCUGGUCCGCAUGUUCUUUCGCCACGAAGUCGGCGCCACGGGCAUCAUGGGCUCCAACUGGCAAGCUGAUAUCGACCGCAGCAACGCGACCACGGUCCUCCGCUCGCUAACCCCGGACAAGUUUCGCAACCAACUGCGACGCAAAGCCAGCAUGGAUCGCGCGGCUUUGACUCCGCAGGCCGCUCCCCAACACGGCAAGGCCAAGAAAGCACCGACCGUCAGCACGCACUUUCGUCAGUCUCUGACUGACCUCAUGUCCAAGAUGAUGCAGGCUCAACCCCACUUUGUGCGCUGUAUCAAGCCCAAUCCGCGCCAGAUUGGCGACCGCUUUGAGGAAGAAUUUGUCCUGCGCCAGCUCCAGUACACGGGUGUCAUGCAGACGGUGGAGAUUCGCAAGGAAGGCUUUCCUGUCCGCCUUGACUUUGACGAGUUUGUGCGGCGGUACCAGGUGCUCGGCUACCGUCCGGGCGCGCUUUUGGAAGAGAGCAAGGCCCAGCUGGCCUGUGUCAAGAUUUUGACGCAGGCAGGCAUUGAACAGAACAGCCAGGGCGCUAGUCGCUCCUCCGUCUGGGAACUGGGCAAGACCAAAAUCUUUCUCAAGUACUUUGUGACCGAUCGCCUGGCUGCACAAUUGGAAAAGCAUGGUGAAGCGGCCGUGAGCCUUCAGCGAGCUGCCAAGGGCUUUUGGGCGCGCCGAAACCUGAAGCGCCUGCGCCUUGAGCGAGAU